CACACACACACACAUGCACACAUGCACACACGGGCAGGAAGGGGACUGUUUCCAGGGAGAGCUGGCCUCCGAGGGGAUUGUGCAAUGUGCAGGCAGGUCCAAUCUGGUUCCGAGCAGCUGGUGCCCGAGGGCAUGGGGCUGAGAUAAAGCUUCCCAGGCCCCAUGGGCCUCGCUCUCACUGUCUGGGCUGCCUUGGACACACUGACGCCCAGCUGAAGUAGACCGUGGUGUGGGGCAGGGACGGCCAGCGCCGGCCUUUCUGCUCACCGGCCACAGCAUCACCUAAGCCCAAGCCUUUUAGUCCCCUUGAGGUGACGUGGGGGGAGCAUUAUGCUGUUCCCUGCCCUCCUCUUUGGGAUGGCAUGGGCAUUGGCUAACGGGCGGUGGUGUGAGCGGACGGAAACCUUCCUGGUGGAUGAGGCAGUCACCGCCCGUCAGGAGGACUUGGUGCCCUGCACCAGCCUCUACCAUUACCAGCGCCUGGGCUGGCAACUCGACCCGUCCUGGAGUGGACGUGCAGGGCUCUGCCCCGUUUAUAAACCUCCAGAAACCCGGCCUGCCGCGAGGAACCGGACAGUGCGGGCUUGCUGCCCCGGCUGGGGGGGCACCCACUGCACUCUGGCCCUUGCAGGAGCCAGCCCUGGGGGCCACUGCUUUGCCACACGGCAGUGCCAGCUACAGGCGAGCUCAGCUAAUGCCUCGGCGGGAAGCCUGGAGGAGUGCUGCACUUGGCCUUGGGCACAGAGCUGGCGGGAUGGCAGCUCCCAGGCCUGCCUCAGCUGCCCUGGCCGACACCUCCCAGGUAGUGCUCCCCCUCCAGCCUCCCUGCAGCCCCUGGUGGGGGCCGUGGCCCAGUUCUGGAGCCAGCGCCAGCAGCCGGCGGCCACCUGCACCACCUGGUCAGGCUUCCACUACCGAACCUUUGAUGGGCGCCACUACCACUUCCUGGGCCGCUGCACGUACCUGCUGGCGGGUGCUGUGGAUUCCACCUGGGCUGUCCACCUCACACCCAGGGGGCAUUGCCCCCAACCUGGGUACUGCCAGUUGGCCCGGGUAAUGAUGGGACCCGAGGAGGUGCUGAUCCAAGGUCAAAAUGUCUCUGUGAAUGGGCAGCUGAUACCCGAUGGGGAGUCUCGGCUGCUCCAUGGGCUGAGCCUGCAAUGGCAAGGGGACUGGCUGGUGCUGUCGGGGGGCCUGGGGGUCGUUGUGCGGCUGGACAGAUCCAGUUCAGUCUCCAUUUCUGUGGACCGUGAGCUCCAGGGACAAACUCAAGGUCUCUGUGGGGUCUACAGUGGCCGGCCUGAGGAUGACUUCCUGGAGCCGGGAGGGAGGCUGGCUGUGUUAGCUGCCGCCUUUGGGAAUUCCUGGAGGCUCCCUGACUCAGAGCCUGGGUGUCUGGAUGCAGUGGGAGCGGCCCAGGGCUGUGAGGACCCCCUGAGAGGCACAGAGGCAGGCAUGGAGGCUGGCCAGCUGCAGGCGGAAGCCCAGGAUGUGUGCUACCAGCUGCUGGACAGUCCAUUCAGGGAAUGCCAUGCUCAGGUCCCCCCUACUGAGUACCACCAGGCCUGCCUCUUUGCCUACUGUUCUGGGGCCCCAGCAGGCAGUGGGCGUGAGGGCCGUCGGGAGGCUGUGUGCACCACUUUGGCCAACUAUGCCCAAGAGUGUGCCAAGCAGCAUAUCCACGUGGGCUGGAGGAAGCCAGGCUUCUGCGAGCGCCUGUGCCCUGGGGGCCAGCUGUACUCUGACUGCGCCUCCGCCUGCCCGCCCAGCUGCUCGGCAGUGGGCGAGGGAGGGGAGGGGUCCUGCCAGGAAGCGUGCGUGAGCGGCUGCGAGUGCCCGCCUGGCCUCUUCUGGGACGGCGCCCUCUGUGUCCCUGCGGCCCGCUGCCCCUGCUACCACCGGCGCCAGCGCUACGCCCCUGGGGACACAGUGCGUCAGCUCUGCAACCCGUGCGUGUGCCAGGACGGCCGCUGGCUGUGCGCGCAGGCGCCGUGCCCAGCCGAGUGCGCGGUGGGCGGGGACGGGCAUUACGUCACCUUCGAUGGGCGGAGCUUCUCCUUCCGCGGCAGCCCAGGUUGCCGCUCCAGCCUGGUGCAGGACUUCUCUAAGGGGCAGCUGCUGAUUGUGCUGGAGCAUGGGGCCUGCCACGCCGGGAGCUGCCUCCAAGCCAUCUCUGUCUCCCUGGGGGACACCCACAUCCAGCUCAGAGACUCAGGGGCCGUACUGAUGGAGGGGCAGGAUGUGGGCUUGCCGUGGAGUGGGCCCAAGGGCCUCAGUGUCUCCCGAGCCUCCUCCAGCUUUCUGCGGCUGCGCUGGCCCGGGGCCCAGGUCCUCUGGGGAGUGUCUGACCCUGCAGCUUACAUCACCCUGGACCCGCGCCACGCCCACCAGGUGCAGGGUCUGUGCGGCACCUUCACCUGGAACCAGCAAGAUGACUUCCUGACACCUGCCGGCGAUGUGGAGACCAGCAUCGCAGCCUUUGCUGGCAAGUUCCAGGUGGCAGGCGAGGGAGGGUGCCCCUCAGAAGACAGCACCCCACUUUCCCCCUGCAGCACCCACACUCAGCGCCAUGCUUUUGCCGAGGCAGCUUGUGCCAUCCUGCAUGGCCCAACUUUCCAGGAGUGCCGAGGGCUGGUGGACUGGGAGCCAUUCCACUUGCGCUGCUUGGCGGCCGUGUGUGGCUGUGCUCCUGGCAAGGACUGCCUGUGUCCUGUGCUUGCUGCCUUGGCUCGUCGCUGUGCCCAGGAGGGCGUCCCGUCUCUCUGGAGGACCCAGACACUCUGCCCCGUCCUGUGUCCUGGGGGCCAGGAGUACCAGGAGUGUGCCCCGGCGUGUGGUCAGAACUGUGGGGAGCCAGAAGACUGUGGGGAGAUGGGCAGCUGCGUGGCCGGUUGUAACUGCCCCCCAGGGCUGCUGUGGGACCCCGAGGGCGAGUGUGUGCCCCCCAAAUUGUGUUCCUGCCAGCUUGGAACCCAGCGCUAUGCCCCUGGCAGUGCCACCAUGAAGGACUGCAACCACUGUGUCUGCCAGGAGAGAGGCCUCUGGAACUGCACUGCUCGCCGCUGUGGCCCCCAGCAGAUAUUCUGCCCCCAUGAGCUUGUCUACGUCCCUGGUGCCUGCCUCCUUACCUGUGACAGCCCUCGCGCCAAUCAUUCCUGCCCCCCAGACAGCACGGGGAGCUGUGUCUGUCCCCCAGGCACUGUGCUGCUGAAUGAACGCUGUGUGCCUCCUGAGCUCUGUCCCUGCCGUCACGGCGGGCAGUGGUACCCACCCAACGCUACCAUCCAGGAGGAUUGCAACAUCUGUGUGUGCCAGGGUCGGCAGUGGCACUGCACCAGCCGCCAGUGCAGUGGAUGGUGCCAGGCAUCAGGGGCCCCCCACUAUGUGACAUUCGAUGGGCUGUCUUUCACCUUCCCUGGAGCCUGUGAAUAUCUGCUGGUGCGAGAGGCCAGCGGCCAGUUCACAGUCUCUGCCCAGAACCUGCCCUGUGGGGCCAGUGGCCUCACCUGCACCAAGGCGCUGACCGUGCAACUGCAGAGCACCGUUGUGCACAUGCUCAGAGGCCGGGCAGUGACGGUGAAUGGGGUGAGCAUAACGCUCCCCAAGGUCUACACGGGCCCAGGGCUGAGCCUGCGUCAUGCUGGUCUCUUCCUGUUGCUCACAACCCGCCUGGGCUUCAGCCUGUUCUGGGAUGGAGGCACCCGGGUCCUGGUGCAGCUGUCCCCGCACUUCCGGGGCCGUGUAUCUGGUCUGUGUGGGGACUUCGAUGGAGAUGCCAGUAAUGACCUGCGGAGCCGCCAGGGGGUCCUGGAGCCCACCGCUGAGCUGGCUGCCCACUCCUGGCACCUGAAUCCGCUCUGCCCUGAGCCUGGAGACCUGCCACACCCCUGCACCGUGAACGCCCACCGGGCCGGCUGGGCUCGCGCCCGCUGCGGGGUGCUGCUGCAGUCGCUCUUUGCCCGGUGCCACGCGGAGGUGCCCCCACAGCAGCACUACGAGUGGUGUGUGCAUGACGCCUGCGGCUGCGAUUCAGGGGGUGACUGUGAGUGUCUCUGCUCGGCCAUUGCCACCUAUGCGGACGAGUGUGCCCGGCGUGGGCUCUACGUGCGCUGGCGCAGCCAGGAACUCUGCCCUCUGCAAUGUGAAGGGGGCCAAGUGUAUGAGGCCUGUGGCCCCGUAUGUCCCCCCACCUGCCACGAUCACGGUCCUGAGCCCGGGUGGCACUGCCAGGCUGUCGCCUGCGUGGAGGGCUGCUUCUGCCCCCAGGGGACUCUGCUCCAUGGAGGAGUCUGCUUAGAGCCAGCUUCCUGCCCCUGUGAGUCAGGGGGCAGCUUUCUCCCGCAGGGGACUGUGCUGCAGAAGGACUGUGGGAACUGCACAUGCCAGGAAAGUCAGUGGCUUUGCGGGAGUGGCGGGACCCGCUGUGAGGAGCCGGUGCCUGGCUGUGUAGAGGGAGAGGCUCCGUGCCAGGAGAGUGGGCACUGUGUGCCCCGCGGGUGGCUUUGUGACAACCAGGAUGACUGUGGCGAUGGCUCAGACGAGGAGGGCUGUGCCACCCCAGGCUGUGGGGAGGGGCAGAUGUCUUGCAGCUCGGGCCGCUGCCUGCCCCUGGCCCUGCUCUGUGACGGGCGGGACGACUGUGGAGAUGGGACGGAUGAGCGGGGCUGCCCGUGCCCCCGCGACUCGCUGGCCUGUGCUGAUGGGCGCUGCCUGCCCCCCGGCCUGCUCUGCGACGGACAUCCCGACUGUCUCGACGCUGCCGAUGAGGAGGCCUGUCUGGGGCAGCUGAACUGCACUCCUGGGGAGGUGUCCUGCCUCGAUGGCACCUGCGUGGGGGCCAUGCUGCUGUGUGACGGAGUCUGGGACUGUCCAGAUGGAGCCGAUGAGGGACCUGGGCACUGCCCCUUCCCUUCGCUGCCCACUCCCCCUGACGGCACUUUGCCGGGCCCCUCUGCUGGCUUCGGGGAAACUGCACCAACUCCCCUGGCCAGCGCCAGCCCUGCGCCGCCCUGCGGCCCGCUCGAAUUCCGGUGCGACAGCGGCGAGUGCGCGCCGCGCGGCUGGCGCUGCGACCGCGAGGAGGACUGCGCCGACGGCAGCGACGAGCGCGGCUGCGGCGGGCCCUGCGCGCCGCACCACGCGCCCUGCGCCCGCGGCCCGCGCUGCGUGUCCCCCGUGCAGCUGUGCGACGGCGUGCUGCACUGCCCCGACGGCUCGGACGAGAGCCCCGACGCCUGCGAGGGGGUGACAGCCCCCGGAGGCCCCAACGGGACACGGGUUCCCUGCCCGGAAUACUCCUGCCCCGAUGGCCUGUGUAUCAGUUUCCAGCUGGUGUGCGACGGGCAGCCUGACUGUGAACUGGCAGGGUUGGGAGGGCCUUCCCCGGAAGAGCAGGGCUGUGGGGCCUGGAGCCCCUGGACCCCGUGGGGGCCGUGCAGCAGGACGUGCGGGCCUGGGGUGCAGGCCCGGAGCCGCCGCUGCUCCCCACCUAGUCUCCCGGUGCUGCGGCGCUGCCCAGGCCCCGAGCACCAGACUCAGGCCUGCUUCACGGCCGCCUGCCCAGUGGACGGUGAAUGGACCCCUUGGUCUCCCUGGUCCCCGUGCUCCGAGCCGUGCAUGGGCACCAGGACCCGGCAGCGGCAGUGUCACCCACCCCAGAAUGGGGGCCGCAGCUGUACCAUGCUGCCCGGCGGCUCUCACACCACCCUCCAGACCCGGCCCUGCCCUCAGGACGGCUGCCCCAAUGCCACCUGCUCAGGGCAGCUGGUGUUCUGGCCGUGCGCCCCCUGUCCUCUGACCUGCGAUGAGAUCUCUGGUCGGGCCGGGUGCUCAGCUGACCAGCCCUGCAGCGGCCCAGGCUGCUGGUGCCCUGCGGGACAGGUGCUGGGCAGCGAGGGGCGGUGUGUGCGGCCCCGGGAGUGCCCCUGCCUGGUGGACGGCGCCCGGUACUGGCCUGGGCAGCGCAUCAAGGCCGACUGUCAGCUGUGCGUCUGCUGGGAUGGGCGCCCCCAACGCUGUCGACCAGAUCCAGAUUGUGCCGUGAACUGUGGCUGGUCAUCCUGGUCCCCCUGGGCUGAGUGCCUGGGCCCCUGCGGGAGCCAGAGCGUUCAGUGGUCCUUCCGGAGCCCCAACAACCCCCGCCCUUCGGGCCAAGGUCGCCAGUGCGGGGGCAUCCACCGUAAGGCCCGCAGGUGCCAGACAGCGCCGUGUGAGGGCUGUGAGCAGCGGGGCCGGGUCCGAGGCAUGGGCGAGCGCUGGCGAGAGGGCCCCUGCGGAGUAUGCCAGUGUCUGCAUAAUGGCACCGUGCACUGCUCCCUCUACUGUCCACUGGGCAGCUGCCCGCAGGACUGGGUCCUGGUGGAGGGAAGGGGAGAAUCGUGCUGCCGAUGUGCCCCGCCCGGCACGAACCAGGCGAUACUCCCCACGGCCACUCCUGCCCCUUCAGCAGCCCUCAGUUCCCGGAUCGGACCCCCUCUGGUCACCUACGUCCUGCCUCCGCCUGGCGACCCCUGCUAUGCUCCACUGGGCCUGGCCCGACUCCCCAAGGGAAACCCGCCGCCGGAGCUCCCCACCCAGGCUGCCCUCCUGGGGGCUCCCACCGGGGGGACCGGCCUUCGGGACCAGAGCACCCUAAGGAACACUCGCACCCAGAGGCGUACUCGGCCCCCCUACCUUCAGCUGGACCUGCUGCUGCCCCGGAACCUCACCGGCAUCGUAGUGCAGGGGGCUGGGUCCUCAGCCUUGCUGGAGUUCAGCGCCGAUGGUCUACGCUGGCACAACUAUAGUGACAUCCUGCCUGGCACCCUGCCCCCAGCCAAGCUUUUCCCUAAGAACCCAGAUGACGCAGCCCCCACGGUGUGGACGUUUGGCCAGAUGGUGCAGGCGCAGCACGUCCGGGUGUGGCCCCAGGUGCCCCAUAGUGGCACCAACCGCAACACCUCCCCGUGGGUGGAGCUGCUGGGCUGUGAGCCAGUGUCCCCGCUGGUGAUGCCCCUGUGCCCAGAGGCCGGGCACCGCUGUGGCAGCGGUGAGUGUGCCCCAAGUGGGGGCCUGUGCGAUGGCGUGAAGGACUGUGAAGAUGGCUCCGAUGAGGAGGGCUGUGUGCCUCUGCCUGCGGGCGCUGGCAGGUACGGGGUGCCCAGCUCACCAGCGCUGCCCCCCCGGUGCGACUGCCCUUGGGGCCCUGGGCUGCACGGACAGCCGAUCCCUCUCCCUCCGCAGGGCCUGGAAGAGGCAGAACGCUGGCGUCCCUGGCGAGGGUCACCCAUACCCCCCACAGGGAAGGGGCCAGUGACUCAGGUCCCAGCCUCCGAGGCUCCUGGCGUGAGUCCUAGGGAAUCUGUGCAGACCGUGACCACCCCCCCCACAUCCCAGCCUGAGGCCAAGGCCCUGAGACCAGGAACGACAGCCAUGACAGAGCCCCCCCUGCACCCCAUGACUCCGGUGGCCCCUGCUGGCCAGAGUGUCGCCCCGCCGCCCUUCCCACCUGUGCAGUGUAGCCCAGGCCGGGUGCCCUGCGAGGUGCUGGGCUGCGUGGAGCCGGAGCAGCUGUGUGACGGGAGAGAGGACUGUCUGGACGGCUCAGAUGAGAGGCACUGUGCGAGCUCUGUGCCCUUCCCGAUGCCCACAACGGCCCUGCCUGGGCUGCCGGCCUCCCGAGCCCUCUGCUCCCCGAGCCAGCUGAGCUGCAGUAGCGGGGAGUGCCUGCCGGCCGAGCGGCGCUGUGACCUGCGGCCUGACUGCCAGGACGGCUCUGACGAGGACGACUGUGUGCACUGUGAGCUGGCGCCUUGGUCUGGCUGGAGCAGCUGCAGCCACAGCUGUGGGCCGGGCCUCGCCUUCCAGCGCCGGGACGUGCUGCGGCCUCCCCUGCCUGGGGGCACCUGCCCGCCCGACACGCUCCGCAGCCAGCCCUGCUUCGUGCAGGCCUGCCCAGUGGCCGGGACGUGGGCUGUGUGGGAGGCCUGGGGGCCCUGCAGCGUCUCCUGCGGGGGCGGCCAUCGGAGUCGGAGGAGGAGCUGCAUGGAUCCCCCACCCAAGAAUGGAGGUGCUCCCUGCCCUGGGGCCUCCCAGGAGCGGGCACCCUGUGGCUUGCAGCCCUGCAAGGGGGGCACCGACUGCGGGCUGGGCCGCGUUCUUAUCAGUGCCGAGCUGUGCCAGAAGGGGCUGGUGCCACCGUGUCCGCCAUCCUGCUGGGACCCUGAGGCCAACAGAACCUGCAGUGGGCACUGUUUGGAGGGAUGCCGCUGCCCCCCUGGACUCCUCCUCUAUGAUGGCCACUGCCUGCCCCUCUCUGAGUGCCCUUGCCUGGUGGGCGAAGAGCUGAAGCAGCCGGGGGUGCCCUUCCUCCUAGACAACUGCAGCCACUGCGUGUGUGAGAAGGGGGCCCUGCUGUGCGAGCCUGGGGGCUGUCCUGUGCCCUGUGGCUGGUCAGCCUGGUCUUCCUGGGGUCCCUGUGACCGCUCCUGUGGCUCUGGAGUGCGGACCAGGUUCAGAUCCCCUUCCAACCCUCCGGCUGCUUCCGGGGGUGCCCCGUGUGAAGGCGACAGGCAGGAGCUGCAGGCGUGCCACGUGGAGUGUGGGACAGAGACACUGGGCUGGAUGCCCUGGGAGCCCUGGUCUUCCUGCUCUAGGAGCUGCCUUCCCCCUGGAGGAGGACCCGGGUGGCGCAGUCGUUCCCGGCUCUGCCCCAGCCCCGGGGACACAUCCUGCCCAGGAGAGGCCACCCAGGAGGAGCCCUGCAGCCCCCCUGUGUGCCCAGUGCAAAGCACCUGGGGUCUGUGGGCCCCCUGGUCUGCCUGCUCAGCCCCCUGUGAUGGGGGCAUCCAGAUACGUGGGCGCAGCUGCUCUGGCUCCACUCCCGGGGACCCCGAGUGCCAGGGACCUCACAGCCAGACCAGGGACUGCAACACGCAGCCCUGCACAGCCCAGUGCCAAGGGCACAUGGUGUUCCGCUCCGCUGAGCAGUGCCGCCAGGCUGGGGGCCCCUGCCCUCAGCUGUGCCUGGCUCAGGACCCUGGGGUGGAGUGUACCAGCAUCUGCGCCCCUGGCUGCGCCUGCCCGCCCGGCCUCUUCCUGCACAAUGCCAGCUGCUUGCCCCGCGGUCGGUGCCCUUGCCAGCUGCACGGGCAGCUCUACGCACCGGGAGCAGUGGCUCAGCUGAACUCCUGCAACAACUGCACUUGUAACUCCGGGGAGAUGGUGUGCACCUCAGAGCCCUGCCCAGUGGCCUGUGGUUGGAGCCCCUGGACCCCCUGGAGUCUCUGCAGCCGCAGUUGCAACGUGGGCAUUCGGCGGCGCUUCCGGGCGGGCACCGCACCCCCAGCUGCCUUCGGGGGUGCUGCGUGCCAGGGCCCCAGUAUGGAGGCUGAAUUCUGCAGCCUGCGGCCAUGUCGGGGUCCCGGUGGGGAGUGGGGCCCCUGGUCUCCGUGCUCCGUGCCCUGCGGCGGUGGCUACCAAAACCGCACCCGAGGCAGUGGCCCGCACAGCCUCAUGGACUUCUCCACCUGUGGUCUGCAGCCCUGUGCAGGGCCCAUGCCUGGCGAGUGUCCCGGGGGCAAGCAGUGGCUGGACUGUGCCCAGGGCCCUGCCUCCUGUGCCGAGCUCGGUGCCCUGCAAGGGACUGACCAGACCUGCCACCCUGGCUGUUACUGUCCAUCUGGGACAUUCCUGCUGAACAACGUGUGUGUGCCCUCCCAGGACUGCCCCUGUGCCCACAGGGGGCGCCUUUACCCCCCGGGCAGCGUGGUGCUUCGUCUGUGUGAGAACUGCUCCUGUGUCUCUGGGCUCAUCACCAACUGCACCUCCAGGCCCUGUGAGGAGGGUCGGCCCACGUGGUCCCCCUGGACCCCCUGGAGCGAGUGCUCAGCCUCCUGUGGCCCCGCCCGACGCCACCGACACCGCUUCUGCACCAGGCCCCCCGCGGCAGAACCAUCCGUCCUGGGGCUGUCAUCCCCACCGACCUUGCCUGCACCUCUUUGCCCCGGCCCCGAAGCUGAGGAGGAGCCCUGCCUCCUGGCAGCGUGUGACCGAGCUGGGGGCUGGGGUCCUUGGGGGCCCUGGUCCAGGUGCAGCCGGAGCUGCGGGGGAGGCCUGCGGAGCCGGCUGAGAGCCUGUGACCAGCCCCCGCCCCAGGGCCUGGGGGAUUACUGCGAGGGGCCUCGGGCCCAGGGAGAGACCUGCCAGGCUCUGCCGUGCCCAGUGGCCAACUGCACCGCCAUUCAAGGGGCUGAGUACAGUCCCUGUGGCCCUCCCUGUCCUCGCUCCUGUGACGACCUCGUGCACUGCGUGUGGCACUGCCAGCCCGGCUGUUACUGCCCUCCAGGCCAGGUGCUGAGUGCCGACGGGGCCUUCUGCGUGUGGCCUCGCCACUGCGGCUGCCUGGACCUGCUGAGUGGCGAGCGGCACCAUCCAGGCGCGAGGCUGCCGAGGCCCGACGGCUGCAACUACUGCACCUGCUCCGAUGGGCGGCUGAACUGCACAGACCUGCCUUGCCCAGUGCCCGGUGGCUGGUGUCCGUGGUCGGAGUGGACAGCGUGCUCCCAGCCCUGCAGGGGCCAGAGGAGGAGCCGCUCCAGGGCCUGCGCCUGCCCCGCCCCUCAGCACGGGGGUGCCCCAUGUCCCGGGGACGCAGGGGAGGCAGGGGCCCAGCAUCAGAAGGAGCCCUGCCCCAGCGUCCUCGAGUGCCCAGUGGACGGAGCCUGGAGCCCGUGGGGACUGUGGUCUCCCUGUGAUGCGUGCCUGGGGGAGUCCCAUCGGAGCCGGGCGUGUAUCUGGCCCCCCACCCCUGAGGGAGGCAGGCCCUGUCCUGGGGGCCACAGGCAGAGUCGCCCCUGCCAUGACAAUGUCACAAAGUGCACAGAGUGUGGGGGUGGCCGAGGCCUUCUCCCCUGCGGGCGGGCCUGUCCCCGCUCCUGUCUGGACCUGUCUCCCGGGAGCGCGUGCCAGCCGGGCUCGACGGGCUGCCGGCCCAGCUGCGGGUGCCCCGCCGGCCAGCUGGUCCAGGACGGCCUCUGUGUGCCUCCCGCCCUCUGCCGCUGCCAGUACCAGCCUGCGGCCAUGGGGAUCCCUGAGAACCAGAGCCGGUCAGCAGGGUCUGGGCUCAGCUCCUGGGAGAGCCUGGAACCCGGGGAGACGGUGACGGGGCCCUGUGACAGCUGCACCUGUAGGGAAGGCAUCCUGCAGUGCCAGGAGGUGCCCGGCUGCCCUGGGCCCGGGGUGUGGGGCUCCUGGGGCCCCUGGGAGGACUGCAGUGUGUCGUGCGGGGGAGGGGAGCAGCUCCGCUCCCGGAGGUGCGCCCGCCCCCCCUGCCCCGGGCCCGCCCGCCAGAGCCGCACCUGCCGCACCCAGGUCUGCAGAGAGGCCGGCUGCCCGGCUGGACGUCUGUACCGGGAAUGCCGGCCCGGCGAAGGGUGUCCCUUCUCCUGCGCCCACAUCACUCACCAGGUGGGCUGCUUCUCCACCGGCUGCGAAGAAGGCUGCCACUGCCCGGAGGGCACCUUCCAGCACCGCCUGUCCUGUGUCCAGGAGUGCCCCUGUGUGCUGACCGCCUUGCUGCUGCAGGAGCUGGGGGCUCCCAGCACUGACCCGGGGGCUCACCUACCCAUUUUGGGAGAGGGCGGUCAGCCCCUUGGUCCUGGAGAUGAGCUGGGCUCGGGCCAGACCCUCCGUACAGGCUGCAGCAACUGCUCCUGCGUGCACGGGAGGCUGUCUUGCUUGGCGGGUGACUGCUCCAAGGCCGCUGAUGGCUUCGGUCCCUGGGGGCCAUGGGGCCCAUGUUCGCGCUCCUGCGGUGGGCUGGGCACCCGCACCCGCAGCCGCCAGUGUGUGCGGGCCUCGCUCACCCCAGGCAGCCAGGGCUGCCGAGGGACCCGCCAGGAGCUCAAGUACUGCCCCAGCCCCGACUGCCCAGGAGCUGAGGGGUCCACAGCGGAGCCAGUGACAAGCCUUCCAGGUGGCUGGGGCCCGUGGUCUCCCUGGUCUCCCUGCUCUCACACCUGCACAGACCCCGCUCUCCCUGCUCGGCGCAGCCGCACUCGCCUCUGCCUGGCAAACUGCACCGGGGGGGACACCUCACAGGAGCGCCCUUGCAACCUGCCCACCUGCACAGAGCCACCCCCGUGCCCCGGCCCUGGCUGCGUGGCUGGGAACUGCUCCUGGACUGCCUGGGCCCCGUGGGAACCUUGCUCCCGAAGCUGCGGGGUGGGCCAGCAGCGCCGUCUGCGAGCAUACCGCCCCCCAGGGCCCGGCGGGCACUGGUGCCCCGACAUCCUCACCGCGUACCAGGAGCACCGCUUCUGCAGCCUGCGGGCUUGCCCAGUGCCUGGAGGCUGGUCCCACUGGAGCCCCUGGUCCUGGUGUGACCGGAGCUGUGGGGGGGGCCGGUCCCUGAGGAGCCGCAGCUGCUCCAGCCCCCCACCCAAGAACGGGGGUGCCCCCUGCGUGGGGGAGAGGCACCACGUGCGACUCUGCAAUCCCUGGCCCUGUGAGCAGGGCUGCCCAGCAGGCAUGCAGAUGCUCAGCUGUGCCAACCGCUGCCCCCGCCGCUGCUCAGACCUCCAGGAGGGGGUCGUGUGUCAGGAUGGCCAGGCCUGCCAGCCGGGCUGCCGCUGCUCCGAGGGCUUCCUGGAGCAGGACGGAGGCUGCGUGCCCAUCGCGCACUGUGAGUGUACGGACGCCCAGGGCCACAGCUGGGCGCCAGGGAGCCAGCACCGGGAGGCCUGCAGCACCUGCACCUGCCGGGCCGGGCGGCUCUCCUGCACGGCUCAGCCCUGCCCACCGCCGACCCACUGUGCCUGGAGCCGCUGGUCAGCCUGGAGCCCCUGCAGCCGCUCAUGUGGGUCCGGAGGGCAGCAGAGCCGUUUCCGGUCCUCCACGUCUGGCUCGUGGGCUCCAGAGUGCCGGGAGGAGCAGUCCCAGAGCCAGCCCUGCCCUCAGCCCCCAUGCCCACCCCUGUGCCCACACGGUGCCCGCCUCCACACCUUGGGGGACAGCUGGCUGCAGGGCGAGUGCCAGCAGUGCUCCUGCACCCCAGAGGGCAUCAUAUGCGAAGACAUCGAGUGCGCAGUACCUGGGGCUUGGACGCCAUGGUCCCCCUGGUCUGCAUGCCCCGUCUCCUGUGGAGGUGGAAACCAGGUUCGCACCCGGGUCUGCGUGGCCUCGGCCCCUCACCACAGCGGGGCCCCCUGCCUGGGCCCCGGUACCCAGACCCAGCGCUGUGGAUGGCAGCCUUGCCUGGGGCAGCUGGACGCCUGCUCCUGGGGCCCCUGGGGGCCCUGUUCCCGCAGCUGCGGCCCCGGCCUGGCGUCCCGCUCUGGGUCCUGCCCCUGCCCUCUGGCCCGAGCUGAGCCCACCUGCAACGGCACCUUCCUGCACCAGGACACCCAGGCCUGCUACCCGGGGCCCUGCCUGGAGGAAUGCGUGUGGAGCAGCUGGAGCAGCUGGACGCGAUGCUCCUGUCGGGUGCUGGUCCAGCAGCGUUACCGGCACCAGGGAGCGGCGCCCGGAGGGGCGGGGGCGGGGCCCCCCUGCACACGACUGGACGGCCACUUCCGGCCUUGCCCCAUCGGCAACUGCUCUGAGGACAGCUGCACGCCUCCCUUUGAGUUCCAGGCCUGUGGCUCCCCCUGUGCCGGGCUCUGUGCCACACACCUGAGCCACCGGCUCUGCCAGGACUUGCCGCCUUGCCAGCCUGGCUGCUACUGCCCCGAGGGGCUGCUGGAGCAGGCUGGGGGCUGCAUUCCACCAGAGCAGUGUAACUGCCUGCACAUCACAGAAGCCGGGGCUGGAGUGACUCUGGCUCCCGGGGACCGCCUGCAGCUGGGCUGCAAAGAGUGCGAAUGCCGGCGCGGGGAGCUGCAGUGCACCAGCCAGGGCUGUCAAGGUCUUCUGCCUCUGAGCGGGUGGUCCGAGUGGUCACCCUGUGGGCCCUGCCUGCCCGCUGGCGUGCUGGCCCCCGCCUCCAGGACUGCCCUAGAGGACCGCCAGUCUCAGCGUCCGGCUGGCCUCUCCCCGACCAUGGCCCCCUUGCUGGCUUCGGAGCAGCAUCGCCAUCGCCUCUGUUUGGAUCCGGAGACAGGGAGGCCGUGGGCUGGGGACCCAGCCCUGUGCACUGCACCCCUCAGCCAGCAACGCCUCUGCCCGGACCCUGGGGCCUGCCGUGACUUGUGCCAGUGGGGUCCUUGGGGGCCCUGGAGCCCCUGCCAGGUGUCCUGCAGUGGAGGUUUCCGGCUACGCUGGAGGGAGGCAGGAGGCCCCCCUGGAGGAGGCUGCAGGGGCCCGUGGGCUCAGACUGAGAGCUGCAAUGUGGAGCCCUGCCCAGGAGAGAGCUGCGAAGCCCAGGACACCGUGCCCACCCCUGACUGUGCCAACCAGUGCCCUAGAAGCUGUGUGGACCUCUGGGACCGCGUGCAGUGUCUGCAGGGACCGUGCCGGCCAGGCUGCCGCUGCCCCCCUGGCCAACUGGUGCAGGAUGGGCACUGCGUGCCCAUCUCCUCCUGCCGCUGUGGCCUCCCCAGCCCCAAUGCCUCAUGGGUGGUGGCCCCAGCCGAGGUGGUACAGCUGGACUGCAAAAACUGCACCUGUACCAACGGAUCCCUGGUGUGCCCACACCCUGAGUGCCCAGUCCUUGGACCUUGGUCCACCUGGAGCAGCUGCUCUGUUCCCUGUGGUGGAGGCUCCAGGGAGCGACAUCGGAGCUGUGAGGAGGGUCCUGUGGGGGUGCCAUGCCGGGCCCAGGACACAGAGCAGCGGCAGGAAUGUAAUCUGCAGCCCUGCCUUGAGUGCCCGCCUGGCCAGGUGCUCAGUGCCUGUGCCACCUCGUGCCCACGCCUCUGCUCGCAUCUGCAGCUUAGUGCCCUCUGUAUGCAGGAGCCCUGCCGGCCUGGCUGUGGCUGCCCCGGGGAGCAGCUGCUGCACAACGGCACAUGUGUGCCCCCUGCGGCGUGCCCCUGCACCCAGAUCUCUCUGCCCUGGGGCCUGACCUUGACCCUGGAGGAGCAGGCCCGGGAGCUGGCCCCAGGAACUGAGCUCAUCUGGAACUGCACACGCUGUGUCUGCCAAGAUGGAGCGUUCAACUGCUCCGCCGCUGACUGUCCUGAGUGCCCCUCGGGGGAAGUGUGGCAGCAGGUGGCCCCGGGGCCCUGCGAGCGGACAUGCCGAGAGCCCAAUGCCACAGACACCCAGGGCAGCUGCGAUGCGGGGCAGACCCCGGGCUGUGUGUGCCAGCACGGACACUUCCGCAGCCAGGCGGGCCCCUGCGUGCCCGCAGAGCACUGCGAGUGCUGGCACCACGGGCGUCCCUACCCGCCUGGAUCCGAAUGGCAGGAGGCCUGCGAGAGCUGCCGCUGCCUCCGUGGGAAGAGUGUCUGCACCCAGCGCUGCCCCCUCCUCACCUGUGCCCAGGGCCAGGUGAGCGUGCACGACCCGGGGAGCUGCUGUCCCACUUGCCGCCAAGAGCCUCCGGAGGAGCAGGCAGCCUCCUGCCGGCAUCUCACGGAGCUGCGCAACCUCACCAAGGGCGCCUGCUACCUGGACCGGGUGGAAGUGAGCUACUGCAGUGGGCACUGCCCAUCCAGCAUCAACGUCAUGCCCGAGGAGCCUUACCUGCAGAGCCAGUGCGACUGCUGCAGCUACAGCCUGGACCCCGACAGCCCCGUGAGGGUCCUGCACCUGCGCUGUCCCGACGGCCACGAGGAGCCCGUGGUGCUGCCGGCCAUCCGCAGCUGCCAGUGCAGCGCUUGCCAGGGAGGUGAUUUCUCAAAGCACUGACGGCUCCGGCUCCGCUGGAUGAGGCUGCCCAUCCCCCCUCAUGCGCUCACCGGGCUCAGAGGCACCGAUCGCCUCCUCCCAUGCCCACCCGUCCACUCCAUGUCCUGGUACCAGCCUAUCCCAAAUAAAGCGACAUCAGCAGCAA